UCUCAAGGGAAGGCAUUCUGAAUUGCGAUCGAAAAUUCUUUGCUUGUUCAAUCUGUUGAGUUUUCUGCGAUUCUUCGUUCCGAUUUCCAUUAAAGUUCUGUUCUGCGAUCUUUAGAUUCGAAGGCGAUGGCGUUUACAGACGAGAAUGCACCAGUUGUGAGCGCUCCUGCUGCAGAGGAUGCGGCCGCACCAGCCAAGGCUGAAGAGAAGGCUGCCAAGGCUCCCAAGGCCAAGGCUCCCAAGGAAAAAAAGCCUAAGGCUACCAAGGGUUCGAAGCCCGCACCUGCUCAUCCUUCCUACACUGAGAUGGUGACGGAAGCCAUUAGCAGUCUGAAGGAGAGAACUGGCUCCAGUCCUCAUGCUAUUGCGAAGUUUCUGGAAGAUAAGUACAAGAAUGUCCUGCCGCCUAAUUUUAAGAAGAAGCUCUUUGUUCAGAUCAAGGGCAUGGUUGCCAAGGGCAAGCUCACAAAGGUCAAGGCUUCCUACAAAUUGUCUGAGGCGGCAAAGAAGCCUGUAGCAAAGCCAAAGGCAGCAAAGAAGCCUGUCGCAAAGCCUAAGGCGGCUGCAGCAAAGCCUAAGACUGCGGCCAAGCCUAAAACUGCUGCGAAGCCCAAAUCUGUAGCCAAGCCUAAGGCCGUUGCCAAGCCAAAGGCCGUGAAGCCUGCUCCUAAGAAGGCUCCUGCUGCCGCUAAGCCUGCUGCCAAACCCCCCGCUCCCAAGCCAAAGCCUGUUGCCAAGAAGCCUGCUGCUGCUAAGCCUGCUGUAGCUGUGAAGAAGCCUGCCGCCGCCAAGCCUAAGAAGCCGAAGACUGUGAAAUCCGCCAAGAAGGCUCCUGCCAAGGGGAAAUCCCCUGCCAAGGCGCCUGCUGCUAAGAAGGCUAAGAAGGCGGCUUGAUUUGUGUUUAAAAAUGUUCGUUAUUAUUAACAAUGGUGUUCUUUAACACCACCUAUCAGGGGUUUCGUGCUGGCCGCUUCGAUUUGAUGCCGUGCUACAUGUUUUAUUUUGUUGUGCGGCAGUGUAAAUGUGCACGCUUGUACAGUGAUGCUCUAUUAACAUGGUGUCUCUGAUGAUUAGGCGAUUUGCUGGUAGGUUUUUUUAGGUUUCUUCAACUGAUUCAGAAGUAGAAUUGUAUUAGUGUCUGGCUACCGUGUUUCUAAAUGGUGGAUGCGGUAAAGCCUAUAUAUUUAUGCUCAGACAAAUAUGGAAUUCUGUAUUUUCAA